AUGUCAGGAACAGGCUUGGGCCGUUUAGGCUCCACUUCCCCGGACCCAGGCGCGUCAUCCCGCGAUAACCACGCUCUUCUCGACAUGGUGGACGGGGAAGAAGGCAUCUCGAGAGGGAGAAGCCAUGGAGAGGUAAAGGGACCAACUGCAGAUUUAAUGCGACGACUUGGAGUCUCGCCUGAGCGACGAAUCAAAGUUACGCCUGAAGAUGAUGCGCGUGUUCUCAAGAGGAUUGACAUGGUUGUCCUGCCUCUGAUGCUGGCAGUUUAUUUCCUUCAAGGUCUUGAUAAAGCCACAAUCGCAUACGCGUCUAUCUUUGGACUCAUUGAAGAUACGCAUCUCAAAGGCAACCAAUUCUCAUGGCUAAGCAGUAUCGUCUAUGUGGCUCAGCUCAUCGCUCAAUUCCCGCUAGCAUGGCUUCUUGUGAAACUUCCCAUCGGAAAAUUCACAGCGUGUAUGGUGACCUUUUGGGGACUCACUCUUACUCUUAUGGCUGCCGCACAUACCUUUCAAAGUCUGCUGUUCGCCAGGUUUUGGCUAGGUGCGUUUGAAGCGAGCAUUGCGCCUAGCUUUGUAGCCAUUACGCAGAUGUUUUGGAGGAGGAGGGAGCAGCCGUUGAGAAUGAGUUAUUGGUAUGCUAUGAAUGGAUUCACAGGUGUUUUUGGAAGUUUGGCGACUUGGUGGCUUGCACAGUUACCGUUGGGAUUGAAGCCAUAUCAGACCAUCUUUGUCGCCUUUGGUAUCAUCACAGUUUGCUUCUCAACUGUCUUGUUCAACUACAUGCCCGAUUCCCCAGCAGAAGCCAAGUUCCUUGACAAGCACGAUAAACUCAUCGCGAUUGAGAGAUUGAGGAUGAACCAGACGGGUGUCAUGUCGCGUCAAUGGCGAUGGGAUCACUUCUGGGAGACCAUGCGAGAUGUCAAGACCUGGUUGUGGUUUGCUCUCAUUUUCAGUAUCUCUGUUCCCUCCGGUGGUGUUGGAUCUUUCGGACCUCUUCUCAUCAAAUCAUUCGGUUUCGAUUCCUUCGAGGCUAUCUUGUUCAACGCGCCUUUCGGUAUUGUUCAACUCAUUUCCACCGUUGGAGGGUCUUAUGUGGCGACCAAGUAUCACAAGAAAGGUCCAGUGAUUGCUUUCCUGGCUAUCUUUCCGACAAUUGGCUGCAUGAUUAUGUUGUCGACACCGCAUACACCCGAAGGCAGGAACACCCUUCUUGGUGGUUACUACAUGAUUUCUGUAUUCCCAGGCAUAGUCCCUCUGAUCUACUCGUGGGCUUCUUCCAACACAGCUGGUGAUACCAAAAGCAAAUGUAAUUCCUCUGUGCUAUUCAUCGGCCAAUCCCUCGGCAACAUCAUUGGCCCACUUCUCUACAAGCCAUCCGAGGCACCUGAGUACCAUAGAGGUCUAUCCUGGAACUUGCUUCUAUACAUGGCCAUUGAAGGUCUAGUAGUCCUCACGAGCAUGUAUCUCACCUUCCUCAACCGCGACCACAGUCGUCGUCGCGUCUUGGCUGGAAAAGACGCGGUUAUUGUAGACUACAGUCUAUACUCCCCCGAAGAAGCUGAUCGUCUUCGAAGAGCAAAGGCUACGGAUGGACAAACUGUUGAGAGCGCAAAGGAUGGAACGGUCGGAGAUCGAGCUUUUGAUGAUUUGACGGAUUUGAUGAACGAUGAGUUUUUGUAUGUGUUCUAA